GUCAUGACGUCUGAAACUUUGAAGAAGGAGCUGAUAUUCUACGGAAGUUAUCACAGCGAUGCUAUCAACAAACUCAUCCACGCUGUCUGUGUGCCCCUUCUUCUUUGGACAGGUAUGGCAAUGUUGGCCCCUAUCGACAUAACGACAGUAACGGUCUCAGACUUCACUCUAGAUAUUACUGUAUCUUAUCUUGCUACUCUUAUCUACAUUCUCUACUACAUCUACCUUUUCCCUGCCGUCGGACUUAUAACUUUACCUAUACUCUCUGGAAUGGCAUACGGGGCACACGAGUAUUGGAACGCUGACUGUGAGGAUAAGUGGAUGUGGCUUGUAGGGAUUCACGUGGUCUCCUGGGUCGCUCAAUUCGUUGGGCACGGAAAGUUUGAAGGUAGACGUCCAGCUCUCUUCGACAGCCUUCUCCAGGCCUUUCUCACUGCUCCUUUCUUUGUUUUCUUCGAGUACUGCUUCUUCUUCGGACUCUUCCAAGAUCUCCACCAUGAAGUUCAGAGAGAAGUUUUCAAGAAUCAUCAACGCAAAGACAAAUAGAUAGAGGAAUACCCUUCAGAAGCUUCUGAAGAUUUCCCGGGGCUGACAUGCAGCAACUGAAGUCCUGAAAUGACAUCUUUGGAUCUGGUUCUAAUUAUCACAUGUGGAUUAUGUGUAGAGUCCCUAGACUAGAUUAUAGUUGGGGCAUAGUUAUAGGAGUAGAUGCUAGAUCAUUUUAUCAGAUAUCUUAAACAUUUUCAAUUGUGCUCUAAACUUUUUUUAACAACUAUUAUUACAAUUUAUUGCGGAAGUCGAGAUGAGAACUCGCGUAUAACUUUGGGGAUUUGUAACUAUAUUUUACUCGAUAUUAAAAUUACCGCCUAUGAUAUCUUCGGCUAACAACUUGUUGGUCAAAUUUUGGUAUGGUGAAAGUGUUAAAAACCUGCCAACUUAUUUAGCCAAUUUUUACUCUAAUUUUGCAUGCCUUGAUAGCCCUAAUAGCCCUCAGUUGUUUGAUUUUAUGUUUUAUGAUUUUUAGUUUUACUAAUAUAUAACGCCUGUUUGUAUGAUUUCUUAACUAUUCUAGCUGGAAUUAAAAUUUUAUGUACAAAUUUGUAAUGUCACUCAUUUAUGUAGAAUUAUAUGAUUGAACGUA